GUGGCAAAAAUAGAGAAACCACAACAUUAGCAUAUUUGAGAAUAAUCGAGAACCUCCCAAAUUUGGCUACGUUCCUUCCCCUUAAUGGAAAAAAAUAAAGAAGCCACCAGAACCGUGUCCUCUCUAUAUAUUGCAUAAGAUCAUCACUAGACAAACAUCUGCAACGUUGUUCUCGUACUAAUCCUAAGUUACCCACUGUCUUCUACGAACCUAUCUUUGUCGUUUGAAUUUUAACGGCUGAAAUUGAGAUGGCAGAAUCAGAGACCUUCGCAUUCCAAGCUGAGAUUAACCAACUCCUCGGUUUGAUAAUCAACACUUUCUACAGCAACAAAGAGAUUUUCCUUCGUGAGAUCAUUAGCAAUGCUUCUGACGCACUGGACAAAAUCCGAUUCGAGAGUCUCACGGACAAGUCAAAGCUCGAUGCUCAACCCGAACUUUUCAUCAGGAUUGUUCCUGAUAAAACCAAUAAGACCCUCUCCAUCACAGACAGUGGUUCUGGCAUGACCAAAACUGAUUUGGUGAAUAAUUUGGGGACUAUCGCGAGGUCUGGAACGAAGGAGUUUAUGGAGGCAUUGCAAGCUGGAGCAGAUGUCAGCAUGAUUGGUCAAUUCGGUGUUGGCUUUUACUCUGCUUAUCUUGUUGCGGAAAAGGUUAUUGUAACCACCAAACACAACGAUGAUGAACAGUAUAUUUGGGAGUCUCAAGCUGGUGGCUCUUUCACUGUUACAAGAGAUGUCCAUGGUGAACCAUUGGGAAGAGGAACCAAAAUAACUCUCUUUCUCAAGGAUGAUCAGUUGGAAUACUUAGAGGAAAGGAGAAUAAAGGAUCUCGUAAAGAAGCACUCAGAAUUCAUUAGCUAUCCUAUCUAUUUGUGGACUGAGAAGACAACAGAGAAGGAGGUGAGUGACGAUGAAGAAGAUGAAGGCAACAAGGAAAAGGAAGGGGACGUGGAGGAUGUUGAUGAGGAAAAAGAUGACAAGUCCAAAAAGAAGAAGAAGGUGAAGGAAGUGAGCCAUGAGUGGCAGCAAAUCAACAAGCAGAAACCCAUUUGGCUCCGAAAGCCAGAGGAGGUGACAAGGGAGGAGUAUGCGGCUUUCUACAAGAGCCUCACCAAUGACUGGGAAGACCAUCUUGCUGUAAAGCACUUCUCUGUGGAAGGGCAACUUGAAUUCAAGGCCAUUCUUUUUGUUCCCAAAAGAGCACCCUUUGAUCUCUUUGACACUAGGAAGAAGCUGAACAACAUUAAGUUGUAUGUGCGUAGGGUGUUCAUCAUGGACAACUGUGAAGAGCUGAUUCCAGAAUAUCUUGGAUUUGUGAAGGGUGUUGUUGAUUCUGAUGACCUUCCACUCAAUAUCUCCCGUGAAAUGCUGCAGCAGAACAAGAUUCUGAAGGUGAUAAGGAAAAACUUGGUGAAGAAAUGUAUUGAGAUGUUUUUCGAGAUUGCAGAGAACAAGGAGGAUUACAACAAAUUCUAUGACGCAUUCUCCAAAAACCUUAAGUUGGGAAUUCACGAGGAUAGCCAGAAUAGAGCCAAACUAGCAGACCUGCUUAGGUAUCACUCAACCAAGAGUGGUGAUGAGAUGACCAGUUUGAAAGACUAUGUGACAAGGAUGAAGGAGGGACAGAAAGACAUAUACUACAUUACUGGGGAAAGCAAGAAGGCUGUGGAGAAUUCACCAUUCCUUGAAAGGCUCAAGAAGAAGGGCUAUGAGGUGCUUUUCAUGGUGGAUGCUAUUGAUGAAUAUGCUGUUACUCAACUGAAGGAGUAUGAUGGGAAGAAGCUCGUGUCUGCAACCAAGGAAGGACUCAAGCUGGAUGAUGAAACAGAAGAAGAGAAGAAGGAAAAGGAGGAAAAGAAGAAAUCAUUUGAGAACCUUUGCAAGACAAUAAAGGAGAUCCUUGGGGACAAGGUGGAGAAAGUUGUGGUCUCCGACAGGAUUGUGGACUCCCCAUGUUGCUUGGUCACGGGUGAGUAUGGGUGGACAGCAAACAUGGAGAGGAUUAUGAAAGCCCAGGCUCUGAGGGACAACAGCAUGAGCUCUUACAUGACGAGCAAGAAGACUAUGGAAAUCAACCCGGAAAAUGGUAUUAUGGAGGAGUUGAGGAAGAGGGCUGAGGUAGACAAGAACGACAAGUCAGUGAAGGAUCUGGUUUUACUCCUCUACGAGACUGCACUGCUGACAUCUGGCUUCAGUCUUGACGAUCCCAACACGUUUUCGGCAAGGAUUCACAGGAUGCUGAAGUUGGGUUUGAACAUCGAUGAGAACGAGGCUGGUGAAGAUGCCGACAUGCCACCGCUUGAAGAGGAUAACGAAGAGAGCAAAAUGGAAGAAGUUGACUGAACAUGUUUAUAGCAUGCCGCUUCUAUCAGUCAGUAUGGCUUUGUGGGGAUAGUCUCUAUCGGAUGUUGUAAAAUUUAGUUUCUGAGAAGAGUUAUGGUGGACGAGUUUUUAGCUUGCGUUUUUGUAAACUUUGAUGUAACUAGUAAAUAUAAACCAUAAUAAUAAAAUCAUAUAUCUUUAGUUAUC